GCCAGUCCUACAGCUUGAAGCUUAAAACAGGCCUGUCUUUCGAGUUAGCCACACUGGUGUACAACAUGACACAAAGCUAUCAGCACCAAGACGCUCUGGAUGUCGCAUUGCUAUACAGCGAGUGCAACCUCUUCUUUGCGACGAACUAUGACGUCGUGCCAUGUAAAAAUGUUUCACGCUUAACUCGUAGCCUAGUGCACCCGGACGUCGGCAUCGCAUCUGCGGAACUUCAGCCAUCUCUGAUUUUCAUCUUUGAGGACGAGGAUACUCUAGAGAAAAAGUGCAAGGACCUGGCAAGACCGUCGACCUACCUGCGGCCAAACAUGGCGAUACUCCUGCUGAACGUUCACCUCGGCGACUACUCCCUGAACGCAUGCGGCAAUGCCGACCCGCUGAGGGCCGACCCGUUUUGGCGCAUCCGCGUGGUGAAGAGGACGUUGAAUAUUACGUGACGUCCCGUCGAGGUGGUUGCGGUUUCUGCCCUGAGAAGUACAGACAUGCAACACUGGCCUUAGGCAGCAACACACCGGGCAUGUUUGGAAUUUUUUAUUAUAUUGUUAUAUAUUUAUCAUAUAUUAAUAAAUGAUUCGUUGUUGCAUCACCAUA